GGCACGUCGGAGUAGACGAAACAAACGCCGAUAAGAGCACAGGUGUGAGCGCGGCGCACACGUUUUCCGAUCAGCUAGCGGCAAGGCAAGGCCCACACAUCAGAAGAUGGUUCCAGUGGUUAUCAUCGUCUCGCUGCUUCUGGCGUUUGCAGGGCGUUCAGCGUCUCAAGAGCAGGACUGCAGCAAAACUGUGGAAUGCUACGAGAAGCUGAGGAAGGAGAUUGUACGGAAUGUAGAGGCUCUGCCAGGUCCGGAACCAACAUCAGCGAAACUGGCCUCCUACAAGCGCUUCUGCGACCUCGUGGCCCCCUCUUCCUCGCCGUGCAGCACAUUUGAAGACUUCAAGGAGUGCCUCAAACGUCCCGAAAUGGAAGCGCGCGAAAAAGUCUACAAUGAGCUCAGGGGCUUCGUCUGCGCCAGCGACAACGCGACCUGGACGCGUUUCAUGGGCAUCCUGUUCUCUAAAACCAACGACUCAUGCAAGGGCGCCAUGGACGCGACAAAACAAGUACUUAAGGGCGACUUAGACAAAUGCGGAAUGGUGGAGCAGCUGUUCGACGAGUGCGCGACGCAGAGGCAUUUGCCGACCGAGGUGCUGAAACCCGGCAUGGAGCUCCUCGGCUGCAGACAAGAGCAGCCUAUUAUUCCCACAACCCCGCCAGCACCGCAUCCCUCCGCAGGUCACGGUGAACAACAGCAGUGCGACAAGGACGACGCCAUUCGCUGCCUCAGAAUGUCGGCCCAACGCUUGGAAACCGCCAUGGUCCUCAAAUACAGCAUACCUGCCAUUGAAGAGAAUGGCUGCAUUCCCAUGCAGGCAUCGUGCCUCGCGCCUGAUCGGUUUCAAGGCUGCUCCGACAGCGAUAGCAGGCAGCUCCCCGCGCUCUCCGUCCUCGAGGCUGCCAUAGAAGCCGUGCGAUCGGCCGCUUGUGGCAACGACCGAGCGCUCCUGAAGAACAUCCGCCGCACGGUUUCCUGUUUGAACGUGGAGAAGUUUAAACGCUGCGUGGACGAAUCUCGCAUCGACAUCGGCAAAACCGUAUUCACGGAGCAGGAGUGCAGUGCCUCCUUUUCGUCAGUCAACAAGUGCAUCGAGAAAAGCCGCAAGCUCUGCGAACCCGACGUCGAUAGUGCGAGGAAACUGUCGUCGGCCUUCUUCAGCGUCUACGGCUGUCACCCGAAGCAGCAUCAGCCCAAACAUCAAGGCCCGAACAGUGGCGCCAGUCUGGCUUCUUCGGUCGCGCUGACCCUUUCCAUCGCGCUAGUCGCUUCGAUUGCGAUACGAAGGUAGCUUCGAAAAAAAAUGGAGGUGGGGGGGCGUCCCCGUCGCAUUGGUUGAGCCACUCGGAUGUUCUGCUGUACUGAGCACAUAGGUCGAAGAUUUCAUCCCCGGCAGCGGGUGCCGAAUUUCGAACGGAGAGUGCAAAAUACAUCCGUACGGACUGUGAUCUCGCUGCAUCGUGAACCCGGCACGAUGUAGUCGAAGCCGCGGCCCUCUCGGAUUCUAUAGGUGUAGCUCUGCAGACAUCGAAACGAAUCCAUUAAAGAAAUUCCACAAGCAGAGACGACGACUCUAACAGAGGUCGUUUAAAGCCCCUCUAUCUAAAAAGUAGCGCCAUUCUUAGAUCUUGCCGCCACCGCGAUCACCCCGGCAUUUCCUCCUCGCCGCCUCCUGUCGCCCCAGCCUCCUCCGCUCCCCCAUUGGCCAAUCCGUGUCACGUGGAAGCACGCGUUGCGCUUUUGUAUAUUUUUUUUUUCCAGCGCGCUCCGACCACCAUUCUCAAACCUUUGCGACGGAAGUGCUGUACGCACAAACGGAUCAAGCGUGUUAGGGACAAGAACUUCGUUGUGAUGGCAUGCUGCUGCGCCUUAAGUUGCCGCAACCGAGGGCAAAAGGCUUUUUUUUUUUUUUACCAUCUGUCGAGCGCAAACGCUUGCUGCACACUUGGUAAUGCGGCGUCUCGCAUCGUCGCGUUGAUGCUUCCAAAACGGCAUUAAGGCCAGUUACUGAAUGACGAAGCAAAAGCGUGCCUCAAGAAGUGCUCCGCAAGGCGCGAUCGAAGUUUUCCGCAGAUUUCCUCUGGUAGCGCGUUAGCUGUCGUCUGUUACGGCAGGUCCGGCGUAGGCGGCGUCACUGUCGAGAACGCACGUCGAUCGCGCAGGCCGCGCUGAACGCGACAGUGGAACGGAGGAGGAGGGAAGUGGUUGGCGCUGCUUUUUAUAUUGAGGGGCUUUAAGAUCUUGGGUGCAAACAAUUUCGGCUGAGGUCAGCUGUCUUCUUUAUUGCGAUAGCAAUUAUAGCGAUACUCCAAGCGCAUUCCUGCCGUCUUCGUCGCCGUGAGGUUCCGUAUAAAGUUCAACGGCGAUAAACUCGUUGCCGCGCGCCGUAUGCUGCAUGUGCGAGUGAAAGCGCGUGAGGAACACGCGCCUUCACGAAGAGCGAACGCAAGGCAGAGAGCAAACACGACGUCUCCGGUCCGGUCGUGCGAAAGGCCGGGGGGGGGGGGGGGGAUGGGAGGGAGGGAGGGACGGUAGGCGACGUUAGCUGAGGCACUAAAUGCGUAUAUUGCGACCGGACGCAAGGAGAACUGGCGACUCAGUCUCCCACGCGAAAGGAGGAAAGCGGGAAGGCAGCGCGGGAGGGAGCGUGCACGGCUUCUACUCUGCCAGGAACUGCAUACUUUGCGCGGCUGAGGGCUGUCGCGCGCACCGUAUCUUGAAAGCGAUCUCCACACGGCUCUGACCUUUGUAUGCACUGUGCUUUCGCCGCUUAGUUUCCGUUGAAGCGAUAGACCACACGAACCUUCGGUCACUGCUAUCGCAGCGCUUGCACACGCCAGAGUUUUGACAGUGCUUGUCUGCGGUCAUCGAGUGUGAUCUAUUCAUGUUUGCUCGAGCGCGCUGACACCAUGUUUGUUAAUUCAGUUAGUAAGCGAAUGUGUCCAAGUUUAUGCAGCCCAUAAAAUUACUAUCCUUACUCCAUACACUCUACUAGUAAAUUUGCUAUCGCAAUCGAUGCUUCGCCUUUCGGGCGAAACUGUGACUUUUUUAUCUCUCUCUCUCUUUAUGGUUUAUCACCCUUCAAGUCUUUCUUUUUUUUCUAAUCAGCAACGCCAAAGCCAGCGUGGUGAUGAACAAUAAAGAAGUAUCCAAUACGGUUACGAAUCAAAUAGAUGUGACCAGGCACAACCGGCUCCGUGCGCGUUGCGCAGAAGGUAUCGCCAGCGCAGAAGCUCCAGGUGCUCCCGCCAGGGGCAGGAAACUCCAUAUACCUCCCAUGGGACGCUCGGUCCCAUGCUGAUACUAAAGGUUUAGCUGAUACGCGGCGGCAGCGCCGCUUCCACCCCUGGCGGCUGCCGGAUAUUCUACUGGAAAUAAUUCACAAAGUAAUGCCUCCAUGACGUCACUGAUGAGGUCAGAAGGUAGAGGAAGAGGGCGCGCAGCAGCGAGGAAGAGGGUUGCCGCUGAAGCUCUCCUUUCCCACUUCGCAUGCAAGCGGACUGUGUUCGUGCUCUCUUGCAGGUCCGCUGGCCGUGCGGCGACAUUGGCCAAAUCACGGAGCAGAACCCGCUCAAGUGUGUCGUGUAUUAGGAAGCGCUUUCUUCCUACGAGGUUUACCUUGCAAGCUGCUAUUCAUUUUCUAAACCACUGGGGCAUUGCUCGUACGCACUAGUGCCAAGCAAUUAUAAUGAAGAAUAUUUACAUAGCGAAAUUUUGUUAAUUACCAAUAUUCGCGGUUAAUAUGUUAUAUUUCGUCAUUUCGUGAAAGUAGUCGCUUUGAAAGUCCUAACUAGCGGUUACGUUUAGGGCUGCACUUCAACUAGUCCACAUAUAUAGUGGGGGUAGCAUAAAGAAAAUAACUUCCUUGCACCAUCAAUCGUCAAAUUUGUUCGUGUGUUGUGAAGUGGAACAACUAAAACUAUCCGAUUUCUCGGCCAGCCAAAACUCAACAUAAGUAAAAGUUGAACGCUUUUGUUUUUAUUCACACAUUCGGUACUGGAAAAAGACUGACCUCCACGCAGUGCGAAAGUGACAAUCUACUGAAGCAAUUUUCCUUCACAACGAAAAUUUGUACAUAAUGAGUGCAAAUAUAUUCCGGAAGGUCCAAACCAAUACGAAAAUUAUUAACCACCACGGCUGCGUAUUUCUUUCUUUCCUUUUUUUACCUUGGCUGUGCAUGUCGACAAAGAGUGAACAAAAUGUAUAGCCCGAAAACACGCACUCAAGCAGUUCAUUACAAGUAUUUCACCGGCAACAGAUAGGCUGCCCUCAUGACGAAUGAGUCGAGCGACACUGUUCUUAUGUCAGUCCACUCAGGCUUGCACAGAACUGGUUUACUCAUGCAAAAUGAAUACCUGCUCGAAAAAUAGAGUGAAAUACUUGUUCUUACCCAUGGUCAUUAGGAAACCUGAAAAACUUCGCAGAACUGGAAUUCCCGGUGUUCGAACACCACAGAGCCGCCAACACAUGUGAUGCCCCGAUUUAGCCAUAUUCGUCUAAUGCUUGGUCGAGGUAUUUUCCUGCGUAUUCCGUUCGUUGCACGCCUGAUAAAGCUUCCCUGUAUUAUCUUCCCCAUCUUCACACUUGGGACGACAACCGAAGCAGACGACCAAGCCCGAUAUGACUUGUGAUAUCACUGAGCGAGUGGCAAGGGUGAGCGGAGGCAAGCUCGACGGACGCACGAUGGCGACCACUUCCCGCGCUUCGCCCUAUUUAAAAUUCACAAUAAGAGAAAUAAGAAAAGUAACUUAGGAUGUCCGGCAACCGCUAGGAGCGCACAUGUUCCUUGAAACUAGCUUUACUUUCCGGGGGCUGCUCCCGCAUCGUCAUAAACACGCAUCGUACGCUGUCGGUCCUGGUGCACCUGUGCAGCGGCAACGGCAACGCUGACGGGUCUUGCCCAUCAGCGAUGUUGAGGCGCAUCUCCGGCCAUGAGAACGUUGGCUUCUGCCUCAAUUCAUUUUGUGUGGCCCCCGUGCACAUGAAUCAGGGAGACCUACUUCUAUACGGAAUGGCUGUUGUUGUUGUUGUUGUUGUUGUUGUUGUUGUUGUUGUUGUUGUUGUUGUUGUUGUUGUUGUUGUUGUUGUUGUUGUUGUUGUUGUUGUUGUUGUUGUUGUUGUUGUUGUUGUUGUUGUUGUUGUUGUUGUUGUUCAUUAA